AUGUUUCUGUAUAAUUUGACUUUACAACCUUCUACUGCAAUUAAUGUUGCAGUAGUCGGACAUUUUUCGGGAACCAAACAACAAGAAAUAGUUAUUUCUAGAAUAACAAGAUUAGAGCUUAUUAGAGCUGACCAGAACUCUGGUAAAUUACAAACACUUUUGGCUUAUGACAUUUUUGGGAUGAUAAGAUCAUUGACACCUUUCAGGCUAACUGGUGGCUCCAAAGUUGGAUCAGAUUCAGGUCGUGUAGUAAUUUUAGAAUAUAAUCCAUCUAAAAAUAGAUUUGAUAAAGUUCAUCAAGAAACUUUUGGAAAAUCGGGAUGUAGAAGAAUUGUACCUGGGCAAUAUUUAGCAGUUGAUCCCAAAGGAAGAUCUGUUAUGAUUGGUGCAAUUGAAAAACAAAAACUAGUUUAUAUUCUGAAUCGUGAUUCCGCAGCCAAUCUUACUAUAUCUUCACCGCUGGAAGCACACAAAUCACAUACACUUGUACAUAAUUGCAUAGGGCUUGACGUUGGUUAUGAAAAUCCAGUUUUUGCAUGUCUGGAAGUUGAUUAUUCAGAAGCAGAUCUUGAUCCAUCUGGUGAAGCUUUCAACAAUACUGAAAAGAUGCUUACAUAUUAUGAAUUGGAUCUUGUCCCAGGCGGGAAUGAUGGUCCAUCAGGAGUGCUGGUAUGUUCUGAAAAUUUUAUCACCUAUAAACAUCAACGUGCUCAAGAGCUUCGUAUACCAAUACCACGUCGUAAAAACCCUUUAGAAGAUCCUUCGCGUGGACUAAUCAUAGUGGCAGGUGUUAUGCAUAAAAUGAAAGGUGUCUUUUUCUUUUUGUUACAAAGUGAAGAAGGUGAUAUAUAUAAAGUGACUCUUGAUUGCGAGGACGAUAAGGUAAAAGCUAUUAAAAUAAAAUAUUUUGAUACUGUACCUGUUGCGGUAUCAUUAUGUAUACUUAGAGCUGGUUUUUUGUUUGUAGCUACUGAAUUUGGAAAUCCUCGGCUAUACUCUUUUACAAGUCUUGGUGAUGAUAAUGAUGAACCAGAAUGGUCUAGUAAAGAUUUUAUGGAUACUGAUACUGAAGCACCAGUAGCAUAUUUUAAUCUUAGAGAAUUACAAAAUUUAGAAAGGGCUGAUGAAUUAGAAAGUUUAAAUCCAUUAAUUGAUGCUAAAGUUCUAAAUCUUAUGGAUGACGAUACUCCUCAAAUAUAUUCUUUGUGCGGCAGGGGAGCAGGAUCAACUUUUAGAAUCUUGAGAAAUGGCUUAGAAGUAUCUGAAAUGGCUGUUUCAGAAUUACCAGGAAAUCCUAAUGCUGUAUGGACCACCAAACUUAGAGCAGAAGAUGAAUUUGAUGCUUAUAUAAUAGUUUCAUUUGUGAAUGCUACAUUGGUAUUAUCUAUUGGCGAGACUGUGGAAGAAGUUACAGAUACAGGAUUUCUUGCAUCAACACCUACUUUAGAUGUCCAUCAACUUGGUAAUGAUGCAUUACUUCAGAUAUAUCCUCAAGGAAUAAGACAUAUUAGAGUUGAUCGUCGUGUUAAUGAAUGGAAAACUCCUGGUAAUAAAACAAUCGUCAAAGCAGCUACCAAUAAACGACAAGUCGUUAUAGCUUUGACUGGUGGUGAAUUGGUUUAUUUUGAAUUGGAUAGUCAAGGACAACUGAAUGAAUAUCAGGAACGUAAGGAAAUGUCGGCAAAUGUGUUAUGUUUAAGUAUUGGUGAGGUUCCUGAAGGAAGACAACGUUCAAGAUUUUUGGCUGUAGGUUGUGAUGACAAUGCUGCUAUUAGUGCCCUACCACAAUCAUUAGUCAUUAUCGAAAUGAUGGACAUUGGAACGGACGCUUCUCAUGGAACUCUAUAUUUAAAUAUAGGUUUACAAAAUGGUGUUUUGUUAAGAACAGUUUUGGAUACUAUAACUGGAGCUUUAACGGAUACAAGACAAAGAUUUCUCGGAGCACGUCCUGUCAAAUUGUUUCAAGUUACAAUACAGGGAGCUCCAGCUGUACUUGCUUUAUCAAGUCGACCUUGGUUAAGCUAUACUUUUCAAUCUAGACUACAUCUAACACCGCUUUCUUAUGACAUGCUUGAAUACGGUUCAAAUUUUACUUCACCGCAAGUACCUGAAGGUAUAGUUGCUAUAUCAGCCAACACAUUAAGGAUAUUUGCUGUAGAGAAAUUGGGCACUGUGUUCAAUCAAGUAGCUAUACCGCUCAAAUACACGCCACGUCAUUUUGUUCUUCAUCAAAAUUCAAGAAACUUUGUAAUAAUUGAAAGCGAGCACAAUACUUACUCGCCUACCGAAAGAAAAAAGUUAAUAGAAUCAAAAAUCAAUGCUGGUACAGAAGUAAACGAAAGUAUCUUUGAUUUGCCACAAGAAAUUUUAGGAUUACCUAAAGCUGAAGCUGGUAAAUGGGCGUCUUGUAUUCGUGUUGUGAAUCCAUUUCAGAGCGAAACUAUGUCAGUGAUUGAACUUGAAGAUAACGAGGCAGCUUUUAGUGUUGCAACAGUAAAUUUCCAUGGUCAUAACGAGGUAUUCCUUGUGGUCGGUGCUGCCAAAGAUGCAAAUUUAGCACCAAGAACUUGUUCUUCUGGUUUUCUUUAUGUUUAUCAAUUUGUAGAUAAUGGAAACUCGUUAAAAUUAAUUCACAAAACAAUAUGUGAUGAUAUUCCUUUAGCAUUAUUAGGAUUUCAAGGAAGACUUUUAGCUGGUGUUGGGAAAGCACUUAGAAUUUAUGAUUUAGGUAAAAGGAAACUCUUACGAAAAUGUGAAUCAAAGGGCAAUAGAAUUAUUAUUUGUGAUGUUCAAGAAUCAAUUCAUUAUGCAUCAUAUAGACAACACGAUAAUCGAAUUAUUAUUUUUGCUGAUGACACUACACCACGUUGGAUCACUACCACAACAAUGUUAGAUUACGAUACAAUUGCUGGUGGUGAUAAAUUCGGAAAUUUCUUUAUUGAUAGAUUACCAGCCGAGACUAGUGAAGAGGUGGAUGAAGAUCCUACUGGUAAUAAGAUUAUGUAUGAAAAAGGAUAUCUUAUGGGUGCGCCUCAUAAAGUUACUAUGAUAGCUCAUUAUCAUGUUGGCGAUAUUAUCACAUCUAUUCAUAGAACCAAUUUGGUAGCAGGUGGUCGUGAAGUCCUUGUAUACACAGGUAUAAUGGGUAAUGUGGGAGUAUUUGUUCCAUUUCUAACACGAGAAGAUAUUGAUUUCUUCCAAACUCUUGAGAUGCAUAUGAGAAAUGAGGCGCCACCAUUAGCAGGACGUGAUCAUCUUCAAUAUCGAAGUUUCUAUGCUCCUGUUAAAAAUAUCGUUGAUGGUGAUUUGUGUGAACAAUUUAAUUUAUUGCCAAUGGAGAAAAAAAGAUUUCUAGCUGAUGAAUUGGAUCGUACACCUGCAGAAAUUCAAAAAAAGAUUGAAGAUAUGAGAGUGAUGGCUGCUUUUUAA